AUGCAUGCUGAACUUUGGGGAAUUAUUAAAGGUCUCCAAAUAGAAGUUGCUAAUGAUUUACAGAAUAUUAUUGUGGAGUCUGACUCUCUUAUGGCUCUUCAGAUUAUUAAAACAGGAUGCCCAAACUCCCACCCUUGUGCAGCUCUUGUGCAAGAUAUUCUGAUCCUAAGCAGGCGCGUGCAAAAUAUUGAUUGGAAUCACACCUUAAGAGAGGCCAAUGCAGUUGCAGAUAUAAUGGCUAAGAAGGGGCAUGAUCUUCCCAUAUGUCUCCACAUUUUUGAUACACCUACACCUGAUAUUAUUUCAGCUUUAACUUUUGACAUGUAUGGUUCUUUUAGGCUUAGAGGCUUGUAG